CGCCUCAUUAAUCCACUGCCUGCCUCCACUGGAUACAUGAUGGCAUCGCGCACCAUGUGGGUGAACGGCCCCAUCAUCGUGGGCGCUGGCCCGGCGGGCAUCGCGGCGGCGGCGUGCCUGCACACCCGCGGCGUCCCCUCCGUCGUCCUCGACCGCGACGACUGCCUCGCCUCGCUCUGGCAGCGCCGCACCUACGACCGCCUCCGCCUCCACCUCCCCAAGCACUUCUGCCAGCUCCCCGGCAUGCCCUUCCCGGACCAUUACCCGGAGUACCCCACCAAGCACCAGUUCGUCGCCUACCUCCAGUCCUACGCCGCCGCCUUCCACGUCCACCCCCGCUUCCGCCAGUCCGUCGUCUCCGCCCGCUUCGACCACGCCGCCGGCCUCUGGCGGGUCCAGGCGUCCGACCAAGACACCGGGAUCACCACGGAGUACAUCGGGCGCUGGCUGGUGGUGGCCACCGGCGAGAACGCGGAGCGCGUCAUCCCGGACCUCGACGGCGCCGACUCCUUCAAGGGCCCCGUCACCCACGUCUCCGAGUACAAGUCCGGCGAGCCGUACAAGGGAAAGCGGGUCCUCGUCGUCGGCUGCGGCAACUCCGGCAUGGAGGUGUGCCUGGACCUGUGCGACCACGGCGCGCGGCCGUCCAUGGUGGUGCGCGACGGCGUGCACGUGCUCCCGCGCGAGAUGCUCGGCGUCGCCACCUUCUCCGUCGCCGUCUUCCUGCUCCGCUUCCUGCCGCUCCGCGUCGUCGACCGCCUCCUGGUGCUCCUCGCGGGGCUCUUCCUCGGCGGCGACCUCGCGAGGCUCGGCCUGAGGAGGCCGUCCCAUGGAGGCCCGCUGGAGCUCAAGAACAGCAAGGGAAGGACGCCCGUGCUGGACAUCGGCGCUCUGGAAAAGAUCCGUGCCGGAGACAUCAAGAUCGUGCCCGGGGUGAAGCGUCUCGAGGCCGGCGGAGCCGAGCUGGUCGACGGCCGGUUCGUGGCCGCCGACGCCGUCAUCCUCGCCACCGGCUACCACAGCAACGUCCCACAGUGGCUCAAGGGAAGCGACUUCUUCAGUGGAGAGGGGUACCCCAAGGUGGACUUCCCGGAAGGUUGGAAGGGCGAGUCGGGGCUCUACUCCGUCGGCUUCACGCGCCGGGGCCUCGCCGGGCUCUCCCUCGACGCCGUCAGGGUCGCUGGAGACAUCGCAGCCGAGUACCACACCACGUCGCCGUCCAUCGUACCGCAACCAACACAGCUGGUACCCUCCUCGCAAUCACAAGCAGAGACAUGAUCCUGAUUCCUCAACCAACAACAGCAACAAGAAGCUAGGCAAGGCGAGAGCAUGCAUGGAUCUCAAGUGGGACGCAUGCUUCACUGCUUCAGACAUCCAUCCCCACUCGCAACAACUACAACUGCAACAACAAACAGGGGUGUCACUGUCGCUCACCCGAUAGUACAAGGCAGAGCCACACUCUGAUUCUUGUGAUAGAUAGAUACUAGGUCCACUGGAUGGAUUAACAGCAAGAAAGACAGAGCCCAAAUUUUGCCGUGUUUAUGGGCACUGCAUGCAUCAGCACCAGCACCAGCACCAGCAGGAAGGAAGGAUGGAUCAUCUCCUCCUCACUCACUCACUCACUCUCUAUAAUGCAUGUAAGGAAAUGUACAGCUGAGCUAGCAUCCACUCUUGGUUGUAUAAUAAAGAUGUGUGACUGUGCAUAUAAAUCUGCUGGUGAAUGGAGAUGCUGUUGACC